CUCUUCCGCACACGCUCCUCUUGUCGCUGUGUACCUCUACUCAGCCUUCUUCAUCACCGCUACCUAUCAAUUCUCCUUCUUCCCUUACCAUCCCUAGACCCGUCCGAGCUUGUCUUGUCUACUGCUGCUGUUGCUGCAUGUUAUUCUCCGACCACGAAUAGCGCCUUCUCGCGUGCCAUCACCUCGUCUCGUCUCGCCUACUACCAGCCUGCCUACCUACUUACUGUACACCCACCCACACUCACACCCUCCACUCCACUUCUCUACCUACCUACCUACCGACAGACCGCUAUACAACUCCCCUUUUCUUGCCCUUGCCGUGCCAUCAUACUUGCAUAUCUUGCUAUACCUACCUACUUGCGACGUACACCACCUGCUUGCGCUUCUCCACCUCGACCACCUCUACCACCUCUACCACCUCGACCACCACCACCACCACCAUCACCAGCCCCCCCACCGCUAUAUGAUCCACGCCACCGCUGCUACACCCGCCCCAAUCGCCUGGAUCUCCCUCUGCUGCUCAACAGCACGGCGCGUGCUAGCAUCCCAACUUGCAACCCUCCUCUGACCGUCUACCUCACCGACGGUACCCUGCACUGGGCCAAAGCGCCGGUCCGCUUUCUCGUCACCCAGCUCUACCACCUCUCAACGCCUUUCUUGUCCAACUAUCAAGGCACCUACCCUUCCACCAACAUCUUCUUUUUCUUCUUCUCUUCCCUCUCGAUAUAGGUCUGCGUCAAUCUGCUCUCGACCUUGCCUUCAACUUCGCGUCUUGCUGUGAGUGGCAUCCUACCCGCCGAACAUAGUUCGAUACUGAUCAACCUUGACCCCAGCACUUGCCAACCAGCUCGCUGUAUUCGCCUUUCGCCUUUCUAAUCUUCUUCCAUUUUCUGUCGGAGCCUCUUCAAUCCCCUCAUCUUGCACUCGCCAUCUUGGGUCUGCUGGUUUAAUCUUCGUGCUCACCGUUGUUCACACGCUUCUUCUUGCGGUGCUUGGUGACCGCUACCUAAUUCGAGUUGGCUAUCUCAUCCUUCCCCAAUUCACACGCCAUUCCCCAUGUUACAGGGUAUUAGGGCUUCCAAUCUGAACAUGCCCUCAUACGGGCAAAACAUGGCGCUCUCGGGUAUCCACAAGGUCGACGGCUACGGGGAUGCAGACUCCUGGCAUUGGCCACAACAAGCAGCUACUCAGUCUCAAGCAUAUACUCCCAUCUUCGAUCCGGCAUUGUACGCACACCUGGCCCCGUCGCUGCCCGUCCCUGGAAGUGUACAACCGCGACACCAUUCCAUCGCCACUUCUCAUGUCCUUAGCACGGCCAACUCGACACCACCACCCCCACGGCAGCAAAUGGCCGGCAGUAUCAUCAAAGCCCAACCUGCUUUCAAGCCCACCUGGAACGGUUUCUUGGACUCGACCAAAGAUGCCAUGACGAUCGUCGAGGCUGCCCUUCAAGGUCGUCUCAGUCACAUCAGUCGCCGCCCGCACGACAAGGAGCGUGCCGAGAUGCUCACGUCAGGGACAGUCCUUGUCUACGAGGAAAAUGCGUCAGGAAUCAAGCGCUGGACCGAUGCCGUGCACUGGUCACCUAGUCGAGUCAUGAACAAUUGCCUCAUCUAUCGCCAGUUGGUUCGGGCUCUCCGACCAGAAGAGAAAAAGUCCGCGUUGAACCCAUCCUGCGGAGGAAAGCGAAAGCGCAAGGAGGGCACCGGCUCGUCCAUCAGCAAAAACGGCGACAACGUCAACAAUUCCGAUGACGAAUACGACAACCCCAUCUAUGACGGGCAAGAUGUUUCACCAACCGAUCCCCUGGGCAAGGUUUACGCCAACUUUGCUCAAUCCCUCACCACCGACCAGCAGCGACGAUUUUGCGGUUCCCUGAUUGAUAGCUAUGAGUUCAAAGAGGGUGGGCUCAUGAAGAAGACCAUCUCGGUGAAAUAUCAAGGCACAACCCAUCACAUCAUCUCGUAUUACAGUCUGGAAGAUGUAGUUGCAGGGAAGCUUAAACGACCAUACCAGGACCCCAAAUUGGCUGAUAUCCAUCCCAGAUCCGAACUUCUCACGGGGUGGAAAGUUAGCCUGGAGGAUGAAGAAAACAAGGAUCUGCCUCUAGGCGCGAGCUAUGCUCACCAUCUCCAACCUAGUCACAUUCAACACCAGCAGCCUUUGGGUGCCGCGAACCAGGUCUUGGCCACCCAAGGAAUGGUGCAGGGCCAUUCUGCGCUACAACUCCAUGUCCCGGAUUACUAUUCGUACACCCCUACCCAUCAAAGCCCUCAACAUUACACGCAGCCACACUCAGCUACAUCACAAUACGCACCGCAGCACCUUACGCAGCAGUAUCCGAACCAACAGUCUUCACCUCAGCAUUAUUCCGCGCAACCAUCGCAGCCUUACCCCCAGGCACCUUCACCCCAGCCCUAUGGGUCUCGCCACGUACCCGCUCAGCAAUACCCAUCCCCCGCAGCGUCGAAUCACCAAUUCACGCCUCAAGGACAGCAUGCUACCCAGCAAACCUCCGCCGAUGCAAAGUCGGUUCCUUCGCAGCAGUACCCGUCAGCCAAUUCUGCUUCAGCGUACGCCGUGUCGCACUCCAAUCAACUGUCAGAUCCGGCUCAAUACACGAUGCCUCCUGCUCCCGUUUUCGACAUGCAUGCUCCAGUCCAAUCGAACGUCGCCUCGGAGCAACACAAGACGCACAGCCCAAUAUCGCAAUCCGAUACUCAUAGGCGGGCUUCGGCCCCAGUUGGCAUGCAAACCUAUGUGCAGUCGCAGUUCAAUGGCUUGCCGCAGUCGUACUAUGUGCCUGACCACAGCAAGUACUCGCCUGAUCAGAGUCUCGGGUACUAGUAUGGUCCUGCCUGCCUUCCAUCGUCUCUUUUAUCUUUCGAUGACAAUCUCGGGUCAUAGAUACUCUCCAGUCUAUGGCCAUCAAACUUUUCUGGGUCUCCAUUUUGGCGUUGGGGAAGCAUGUCCUUGUCAUUCUGAUUUCUAAUUACCUUGCAUCAUAGCAUUUGCAUACGUUGGUUCUUGUCAUUGGGAUAUUACCGAACUCAUACAGGAUUGUAGUUAAAGGAAUUGCAUGAAUGGGCGAAGUCUUUUCUUUUCAUUUUGACCCGACCUGUCAGAUAAUAUCCAUCAAUCUUUCUCUUCCCACCAUUAGUCAACCAUAUCCACUUCGUCUUCAUGGGUGCAUGCGGUCCUCUCGUCAUUCUUUGCACUGUAUUAUUAUCAUCUAACCGCUUAUGAAUGAUACCGAUGCCCUUUCUCUCUGCCUCUGUCUUCAUACUUCUGAGUUUUCUCUCCCGGAAAGUUGAUCCUAUCUAGCAUCUGCAUACGAAUCGUAUCUUCUUCAUUAUACCAGAAAAAUCCUUUGAAAUCAUGCCCCAACAAAAAUAAAUCCCCCACAUUUCCCCCAUUCCGCGAGUUUGUCGUUCAAAUCGGUCAGUCGGGUUCUAUCCAACAUCUCGCCCAUCGUUGCACGACAUGAUAUUGUACCACCACACAACAUGCCAAUCUAACCCGUUCCCCUCCCUCCCCUGAACGAUCAUCCCCACCCGACCGUUUUAUUUUCUCCUUUUCUUCUCCACCCGUUGUGCAACCACUCAACGGCAAUCGGGGUUUUUUCCUCCUUCAGGGUCACACACGGGGGACACUUGUCGUUUUCUUCUCUUGCCCGUGCGUGCGUGCGUGCGUGCGUGCGUGCGGGGAAGACGGGGAAGAACGGAUGUAAGGUUACACAUAUGCACUCAUAUCCAUGCGUUGUUAUUCCUGGGAGGUUUUUUUUAGACGUUGCACUGCUGAGAAAGUUUUUUGGCAUCUCUUUUAUCGCCCCUUCAUGUACCAUGUACUAUGUAUAUAUGUAUAGUACUUAUGCAUAUAUACAUGCACAUGGUGGGAUGUGGGACAUGCUGUUUUGUCAUGGAAAUAGGACGCAUUGAACAAAUAGACAGACAGACAUAAGGAUAUGGCGGAAAAAAAGAGGAGGAUUCCUGACUAAGGAAAGGCGAAUGGCGGUCUGGAAUCAUUGUGGCUCUAGAUGUCUUGUUCGGAUGUUGUAUGCAAAUCAAAAAAGCAGCAUUGUUGGAAAGAAAAAAACGGUGGCGGUGACUGCGUAUGUGUGUGUGCGCGGUGUAUGUGCGGAUUCUUCUUUUCUUUUCUCUACCACGUGGAAGUGUGUGAGAGCGGAGUCCCAGCGUUUCCCUCCGUUUUUUUUUCAGAUGUUUUCUUUU